AUGUGGGAACACCAGCGCAAUCAGCAACGGGCUAAUGGGACGCCGAUCACGCUGCAGCCGAGGCCGCAAGGAGCGUCGAUUACACCGCAACCAACAUUAAGUGCGCGCGCUGCUAAUGGUGCACUUAGCCAAACACCGACGCAGCUUCGUACCGUUGGACAACCCUUUGCGCCCCUUCAACAAAUCGGGCCGUCACGCUUUUCCCUUCCCGAUGCGCAGGCGGUGCUUUGGCAACACGAGCGCUAUCCGCUGAGCGUGCAGCCGGUGCCGAUUAUGCGGCCGGGAGCACCGAGUGCGCCGCAACCAACAUCAAGUGUCCGUCCCCUUAAAAGUGCGCUUCGUCAACCAACGAUACAAUUUCGUCCAGUUGAACAGCUUUCCGAGGAACAGCAUGCGCUUAGGGAAUCCGAGCGUCUUCGACAGCAGGCCCUACGUACCGCUGCAGUUGAACAACUUUCCGGAGCACCGAGUGUGCCGCGACCAACAUCAAGUGUCCGUCCCCUUAACAGUGCGCUUCGUCAACCAUCGAUGCAACUUCGUCCGGUUGAACAACUUUCCGCGGAGCAGGAGACGCUGAGGGAAUCCGAGCGGCUUUCAAAGCUGUCCCGACGUAACGCUGCAGUUCCGGAGCAACUGGAGCGCGAACGUGAACGUAAUCGGGCACGUCGAGCAAACGCAGGUGAGGAGCAAAGAGAACGCGAAGCGUCUUCGAGGGCAGAGCCCGGCGUGCCGCCGCAGAUAGGAGCAACAGGAGCGCGAACG